UCUGGUACUUUUAACGCAUUAAUCGGUUAAACAUUUGGAGAUAACUAAAGGAAAUAUUAUUUAUAUCUCUAGUAUUGGAGGGGAAAGAGCGGCCAAAAAUAUAUCAUCAUAUUGUAUGACAAAAUGUGCCCUGAACAUGUUUACCAAAUGUAUGGCAACAGAGUUGGGUACCAAAAGUAUCCGGUGCGGACAAACAUAUUCAAAACAAACGGUUACUCCGAUGAGCAAGCUAAAUUGUUUUGGAAAGCUGAUGCAAAUUGCGCAGCAAGAUAUCCUAUUGGACAUUAUGGCGAACCAAUUGAUGUUGCUCAAUGUGCGCUAUAUU